AUGAAAACCAUCGAAAUUGCCAAAUCUUCUUGAACGGACAGCAUGGCCGACGCCGAGGCCGCGCCGCCGUCCGAGUACGUCAAGCUCAUUAGCGCCGAGGGCCACGAGUUCUACGUCGCGCGCAAGUGCGCGCUCGUGUCCGGUACGAUCAAGGCGAUGCUCUCGGGCCACUUUAGCGAGAGCAAGGGCGAGGUGCGCUUCCCAGACAUUGGCGCGCCGAUCCUCGAAAAGGUCAUCCAGUACAUGUACUACAAGAAGCGCUACUCGAACAGCAAUGCGCGCAUUCCGGACUUUGCGAUCGAGCCCGAGAUGGCGCUCGAGCUCCUCAUGGCGGCCAACUACUUGGACUGCUAAGUACACCUUCAAUCCUCAUCCUCUGCAUCGUUCGUCUACCG